AUGCCGAAAUUGAGGCCACAUCUUCAGCUGCAGAAAUGGGCCAAAGAAUAUGGGCCGAUUUACUCAUUGAUACUCGGCACAAAAGUUAUGAUCGUUCUAUCAUCGGAUACAGCCGUCAAAGAAAUGUUGGACAAGAGGAGCGGCAACUACUCUGACCGGCCAGAUAUGUUUAUCGGUCAAAAGGUAGCUAGCGGCGAUCUCCGUCUUGUUGUGAUGGUAAGUGACAUUUGUCGCAGAUACGGAGAUAACUGGCGUAUGAUUCAUCGCAUGGUACACAACAUAUUGAACAUUAAGGCUGCUGUCACGUACGUUCCUUAUCAGGACCUCGAGAAUAAGAUUCUUCUGAAAGAUCUAUUGGAGACUCCUUCCGAUUUCCUCCAGCACAUCAGGAGAUUUACCUACUCUCUUUCCACACAAAUGAUAUACGGUUAUCGCUGUACUGAUAAUCAUGACCCGAAGCUUUUGCAGCUGUUUGAGAGCUUUGAGAACUGGGGCAGGUUGUCCGGAAGCUCUAGCGCUCAGCUAGCGGACAUAUAUCCUUUUAUCCAAAGCCUACCUAGUUCUAUUGCGCCAAACGUCACAUACGCCAAAAAGUUGUAUGAGAUAGAGAGCCAGAACUAUCUCCGACAUUGGAUGGUGUCGAAGAAAGCGCUUGAUGACGGAACAGGACUGCCCUGCUUCUGUAACGACAUCUAUCGCGCUCAAACGAAAGAAGGCUUCAGCGACGAUGUAGCUGCUUAUAUCAGCGGUUCGCUGCUUGAAGCAGGCUCGGAUACGACAGCGGGAACUCUCUAUGGUUUCAUUCAGGCUAUACUUGUGUGGCCAGAGGUACAAAAAAAGGCUCAAGAGGAGAUUGAUCGUGUCAUUGGUAGUGCCCGUCUCCCCACCAUCGACGAUUACCAGGACCUGCCGUAUAUCCGCUGCUGUAUCAAGGAGAGCCUGCGGUGGAUGCCAACUGUCUUCCUUGGCGUGCCUCACGCAGCAGUCAAGGACGACGUUUACAUGGGUUAUAACAUCCCGAAAGGCGCGACUAUUAUCAAUAAUGUGUGGGCAAUCCACAUGGAUGAAGAGCGCUCGCCCAACCCCCGCGUAUUUGAUCCUGAACGCUUCAAGGAUGACCACACCACACUCUAUCAAUCUGCCAUGGGGGACACGAAGAAACGCGACAACUUUGUAUUCGGCGCGGGAAGACGGCUGUGUCAGGGUAUCCACAUCGCUGAAAGAUCUCUCUUCCUGGGCAUGUCGAGACUAUUGUGGGCCUUUGACUUCUCCCCGGCUGUGGAUGCCCAAGGCAAUCGGGUGAAAUACGACAUUGAGAACCUCGUUGGUGGUAUCACUGUCCAGCCAUCUGACUAUCCAGCUUGGAUCGAGCCCCGGUCUGCGGAGAAAGUCGCUAUUAUCAAAGACGCCGCUGAAGAGUGCAAGCAGCUACUGAACCCAGUCACCAUGCAAUGGAAGCAGGUCCCAGAGGGCAUGGCCUUCAGUACAUGGAUGCCGGACAGCAACUAUGAGAACUUCGACAACAUCUAG